CGAAGGCUGCUACUUCGGCGUUGUGACUGAGGGUCACAGGCACCUACAUUUCCGUUUCCGGUUCGCCUCCGGAGCGAUGGUGGGGGCACUGAAGUGUUUGGUGACAUUAGGAAGAUGGUUCCCCGGCCUUGGAGUAGCUCCCCAGGCCCGGGCCCUCGCCGCACUAGUACCUGGAGUGACCCAGAUAGAUAACAAGUCCGAUUUCCUGCAGAAGAGGCCUCAUCGCCAGCACCCUGGCAUCCUAAACCUACCGCACGUGCGGCUGCCACAGGCACUGUCUAACGGUGCCCAGUUACUGCUACUUGAAAAUUCUCCCGCUAUGGAGAAUCAGGUGCAAACACUGACCAAUUAUCUCUGGAGCAGACAUUUGCCUGUAGAGCCAGAGGAGUUGCAAAGACGGGCUAGGCAUCUUGAGAAGAAAUUCCUGGAAAACCCAGACUUACCUCAGACAGAGGAGAAACUUCGUGGAGCAGUGCUACAUGCACUACGUAAAACUACCUAUCAUUGGCAAGAGCUGAGCUACACUGAGGGACUGAGCCUGGUGUAUAUGGCAGCAAGACUUGAUGGUGGCUUUGCAGCAGUCUCCAGAGCAUUCCAUGAGAUCCGGGCUCGAAAUCCAGCAUUUCAGCCACAAACUUUGAUGGACUUUGGCUCAGGUACUGGUUCUGUCACCUGGGCUGCAAACAGUAUUUGGGGCCAGAGCCUACGUGAAUAUAUGUGUGUGGACAAAUCAACUGACAUGUUGGCUUUGGCAGAAAAACUACUGAAAGGUGGUUCAGAAUCUGGGGAGCCUUAUAUUCCAGGUGUCUUUUUCAGACAGUUUCUACCUGUAUCACCCAAGGUGCAGUUUGAUGUAGUAGUAUCAGCCUUUUCCUUAAGUGAACUGCCCAGCAGGGCUGACCGCACUGAGGUAGUUCAAACUUUAUGGCAUAAGACAGGUCAUUUCCUGGUACUGGUGGAGAAUGGAACAAAAGCUGGGCACAGACUUCUCAUGGAUGCCAGGGAUCUGGUCCUUAAAGGAAAAGAGAAGUCACCUUUGGACCCUCGACCUGGUUUUGUCUUUGCCCCGUGUCCCCAUGAACUCCCUUGUCCCCAGCUGGCCUGUAGCUUCUCACAGGCGUACCAUCCCAUCCCCUUCAGCUGGAACAAGAAACCAAAGGAAGAAAAGUUCUCUAUGGUGAUCCUUGCUCGGGGGUCUCCAGAGGAGGCUAAUCGCUGGCCCCGUAUCACUCAGCCUGUCCUUAAACGACCUCGCCAUGUGCAUUGUCACUUGUGCUGUCCAGAUGGACAUAUGCAGCAUGCUGUGAUCACAGCCCACCGGCAUGGCAGGGAUUUGUAUCGUUGUGCCCGUGUCAGCUCCUGGGGAGAUCUUUUACCUGUGCUUACUCCAUCUGCAUUUCCUCCAUCCACUGCUCAAGAUCCCUCUGAGAGUUGACAAGGAUGUCUAACAAGUAUUUUCUUCUAUCAUGCUUGCCAGGGCUGCCACUACCUGGUAUCCAGGAGGGGAAUGCUGGUAUCCCCAUAUGUCUGUGUGUGUUUGAGAUUUUUAAUAAUAAAUAAUAAAUUUUUAAAGAAUGGAA